CUGACGUCACGAGGUGUGAUGUGAGCAUGCGUGAGAGUACGUCAACCUCCGUGCUGCUUUAUGAAAGACCAAAUCCCUUCAUGAGCCAGAAGAGGAGGAGGAGAGGUUAUAAAGAGCGUUUGUGGAAGAAAAGGAGCUAGUAAAGAAGACGGUUUCAUCUCUUCACUUCUGCCUCAGUCUCGGGUUGUCUCGGGUUAAUCUCUACCGGCUACCGGCUGUCUCACCUCUCCACCUUCCUCGUGCUGCUUCAACAACACACCGACCACGGGGACGUUGAGCCAACGGCCGCAGCCGAGAAGGGAAGCGGGCUCUCUUUCAUAAGGCAGAUGCUCCCAGCCGCCCAGCUUGACAGGAGUGAUGGGAUGUGUCAACUAGCAGAUGAGGCAGUCCUGGACGAUGUAAUCAGACUGAAGGAUUCAUCUGCAGUGUUCACAUCGGAGCGAGACAGAGGAGGGACAGAGGAAGAGGAGGAGGAGGACAUCGAAGAUACAAGGAUGGGCGUGGGGAAGAACACCACCUCCAAGUCGAUGGACAGCAGCAGCGAGGGAGGAAAAUUUGAGGAGGAGAGCAAGCAUGGCGCAGAUUUCUACCCUAUUCCGGUGGUGGUAAACGGCGUGGGCGGUGCCAGUGGAGAGCUGGACACUGAGAACACAGAGCUGAUGGCCAUCUACACUAAAGAUAAUCAAGGAGCAGAAAAGAGCUCAAUGUCUGAGACGUUGGACAGCACAGACAGUACGGAUGCAAGGAGGAUGGACAUGAUCUAUACCAUAGAAGACACCCCACCCUGGUACCUGUGUGUGUUCUUGGGCUUACAGCAUUACUUGACAUGUUUCAGUGGAACUAUCGCCGUGCCGUUCCUCCUCGCCGAGGCGAUGUGCGUCGGCUUCGAUCAGUGGGCCACCAGUCAGCUCAUCGGGACCAUCUUCUUCUGUGUGGGGAUCACCACCCUGUUACAGACCACACUGGGCUGCAGGUUGCCUUUGUUCCAGGCCAGCGCUUUCGCCUUCCUCGCACCAGCCAGAGCCAUCCUGUCACUGGACAAAUGGAAGUGUAACACCACAGAGGUUCCACUAUUCAACAGCACAGAGCUCCUCAACACGGAGCACAUCUGGCACCCCAGGAUACGAGAGAUCCAAGGCGCGAUCAUCGUGUCGUCCCUGGUCGAGGUGUGUAUCGGAGCGCUGGGUCUGCCCGGGCUCCUGCUGAAGUACAUCGGACCUCUGACCAUCACCCCCACCGUGGCGCUCAUCGGCCUGUCUGGUUUCCAGGCCGCGGGGGAGAGGGCUGGAAAACACUGGGGCAUUGCUAUGCUGACCAUCUUCUUGGUGCUGCUCUUCUCUCAGUAUGCCAGAAACGUUCACUUCCCUCUGCCGGUCUACAAAGCCAAGAAAGGCUGGACUACCUACAGGCUGCAGGUCUUCAAAAUGUUUCCUAUCAUCAUGGCCAUCCUGGUGUCAUGGCUGCUGUGUUUCAUUUUCACUGUGACCAACGUUUUCCCGCCAGAGGUAGACAAGUACGGCUACUACGCCCGCACAGACGCACGUCAAGGAAUCCUCGCAGCCGCGCCAUGGUUUAAGAUACCUUAUCCCUUCCAGUGGGGUUUCCCUACUGUAACAGCAGCAGGUGUGAUCGGCAUGAUGAGCGCGGUGGUGGCCAGCAUCAUCGAGUCGAUUGGAGAUUACUACGCCUGCGCACGUCUCUCUUGUGCUCCUCCACCUCCCAUCCACGCCAUCAAUAGGGGGAUAUUCGUGGAGGGUAUUUCCUGUGUGCUGGAUGGUCUUUUUGGGACAGGAAAUGGCUCCACCUCCUCCAGUCCAAAUAUAGGCGUCCUGGGAAUCACAAAGGUGGGCAGCAGACGUGUGAUUCAGUAUGGCGCCGCCAUGAUGGUGCUGCUGGGGCUCAUUGGUAAAUUCAGCGCCCUGUUUGCCUCUCUGCCCGACCCUGUCCUGGGAGCUCUGUUCUGCACCCUGUUCGGUAUGAUCACGGCGGUGGGACUCUCCAACCUGCAGUUUGUGGACCUCAACUCCUCCAGGAACCUCUUCGUUCUCGGUUUCUCCAUCUUCUUCGGUCUGAUGCUGCCGAGCUACCUCAAACAGAACCCGCUGGUCUCUGGCAUAGUUGGGGUUGACCAAGUGUUGAACGUGCUCCUCACCACCGCCAUGUUUGUCGGAGGCUCUGUCGCCUUCAUUUUGGACAAUACUAUCCCUGGUACCCCUGAAGAGCGAGGCAUCAGGAAGCUGAAACGUGGCAUUGGUCAAAAUACUGCAGAGCUGGAAGGGAUGAGAUCUUAUGAUCUGCCGUUUGGAAUGGACUUUAUCCGCAGACACCCCGUCUUCAAGUACUUCCCCAUCAGCCCCACCUUCCAGGGCUACCAGUGGGGGAGGCUACGGGAAGCCUGCAGGAGAAGGAAAGGACAGGGGGAUACGGUGAAGGGGGGAGGACUGGGAGGGGAGGGAGGCCCGGCAUCCGGGGAGAGUGGGGUAUAGCCAACGGGCCGGGGCUGCAAAAUUGUAAAUUGUGGCUUAAUUUGGGGAGCAAGGGACGGUACACUAAGAUAAAAGGAUGGGAGAGUGGAGGACAGAAGCGGUGCAGGAUUCGGGAUUGUGUGGAAGAAAAUGUGAUGCACCAACCCCCCCACACCCUCCCACACCGUCAGUAUGUGUUUUCUUUAGCUCGUGUUAGUCUUUUCCCACUUCCCACUAUGCUAUUUUAAGCAUGCUAUAGCAAGUCACAGCAUGCUAUAAAAGAUGUCACCACGCGGAGGUUAGUUGGUGUGUGUGCAUGUGCGUAUGCAGCACGACAAUAACGGGUUUGUGCAUUCACUUAUAUGCACUUUAAUCCAGAAAGAGACAUGCUGAAUGUUUGAUGAUAACUGUCCCUGUUUUAUAAAACAUAUUCUAGAUUUGAUUAUGCCAA